UCUUGGAUUCAGCAAAGAAACAGACAGCAGAUAGACGAUGUGAGGAGAUGUGAUUCUUUUUAACAAUGGACUAAGAAACACCGUUACUGCACAGAAACAGUGCACUUACCACUUCCUUCCAUGGCGUCAACUCCAAAAAAAAAACCAGGAUAUGGAAAUCACAAGAAAGAGGCGUCUGUUGGCCGCCAGCGUCUGUCCCGUCAGUCCACAGCAGACGGCAGCGGGGACGAGGCCCUCCAGCCCCGCAGACUGAACGGCUCCCCAGUGUUGGUGCCGAGCUACCAGAACCUGCACCGGGAGCUGAUGCUCAGCCAUAAACGGGGCCUGUUUCCUGAGGAGAGACCAGAGCUGAAGCGAGUGCUGGAGCAGCGCAGACUGGAGCUGCACAAGGAGGAGGAGCUGGCCAAACAGCGGCCCUCAGAUCUGGAGACAGAGCUCCGCAAGAGGCAGCAGAAGAUGCGAGAGUAUGAGCAGGAGGAGAUCAGGCAGCGGGAAAACCAGCAGACGAUCCCGGAGUUUGUCCGUGUGAAGGACAACCUGAGGCGGACACAGACGUGAGGCCCCGAGCCUCCCAUCAGCCCCUGAAGUAUUUCACCAUAGUGGCCCAAUUCACAUUGUCACUGAGUGUGAAAACAAACAAACAAAAGCAUCACAGGCAUCAUGUCAUUACACAUGUCUUAGAGAAUUACAUCUAAACAUAUUAUAAUUAAUAAGGAUCAUGCAGGAAACAUGUUUAUUUCCAAAAAGCAAAGCCAUGUCAAGAAAAAGACAGGUUGCAGCAUUUUAACUCUAUUUUUGUCAGGGGUCUUUGUGCGACCCGUUUAACUUUGUUACAGUUCAAUUGCGGAUGAGGGAGUGAAAGUACUUAUUUUGUAUUUCUAAUUAUGUGGAUCAACAAUUGUUGAGGACCAGAAGAUGGAUAUUUGUUAUGUUUUUUUAUGGUGAUUUACCUAUUAUAUUGUUCAACUUCUCAUACUUCCUCUUGGAUUAACGUUUGUUUAGAGUACGGAUCACAUCUUUUUAAUUCCAUUUACUUUUUGUAAGAUCACUAUACAAUUGUUAACAGAGACAGUUCUCAGCAGAACCGUUUUCUAUUCAUAGAAAUCCCCUACAAUGUGCAUGUUUGUGUAUCUGUUUCUGUCAUGACUUCUGGAUCUUCGUGUGUCCAUGUGCUGUGGAAAUAAAAUACUUUAUGGUUUGCA